UGUGUACAAAAAGAAGUGUUUUAUGAUUUGUCGUGGAAAACACUUUGCUGGCUAGCUGAAAGGCUAGCUGAUUGUAUUCUUCGACUGAGGAAAACGGCGAGUUUUCUUUAAAAGUAUGGAUGAUCAGACUAGGAUGCUGACGGGUCUCGCCGGACUCAGUGGACUAACACAGGCCGAUGUAGGUGACCCAGACUCGGUCAGGAAACAACAAUCCCUCGGUCAACCGCAACAAGACAUCGGGGAUAUUCUACAGCAAAUAAUGGCCAUCACCGACGAAAGCUUGGACGAGGCACAGGCCAGAAAACAUGCCCUGAACUGUCACAGAAUGAAACCAGCACUCUUCAGCGUUCUCUGUGAGAUCAAAGAGAAGACAGUGCUGAGUAUACGAGGUGUGCAGGAGGAGGACCCCCCAGAUCCACAGAUCAUGAGGUUGGACAACAUGUUGCUUGCAGAAGGUGUGUCAGGACCAGAGAAAGGUGGAGGAUCAGCUGCAGCUGCUGCAGCUGCUGCAGCAGCAGGAGGCUCACCCACCGAUAGCAGCAUUGAACACUCGGACUACAGAGCCAAGCUUACCCAGAUUCGUCAAAUAUAUCAUUCUGAGCUGGAGAAAUAUGAACAGGCCUGCAGUGAGUUCACCAACCAUGUAAUGAACCUGCUGAGGGAGCAGUCUCGCACACGGCCCAUCUCUCCCAAGGAGAUUGAGCGCAUGGUGGCCAUAAUCCACCGCAAAUUCAGCUCAAUUCAGAUGCAGCUCAAACAGAGCACCUGUGAGGCUGUCAUGAUUUUGCGUUCACGCUUCCUUGAUGCCAGACGUAAAAGACGCAACUUCAAUAAGCAAGCUACAGAAGUGCUGAACGAGUAUUUCUACUCCCACUUAUCUAACCCUUACCCUAGCGAGGAAGCAAAAGAAGAACUGGCCAAAAAAUGUGGGAUCACUGUGUCUCAGGUCUCUAAUUGGUUUGGCAACAAGAGAAUACGCUACAAGAAGAACAUUGGUAAGUUCCAGGAGGAAGCAAACCUUUACGCAGUAAAGACAGCGGUGGAUGCUGCCAAUGUGUCGGCACAGGCCAGCCAGGCUAAUUCUCCGGCAACGCCCAACUCAGGGUUACAAGGGUCAUACAGAUUUUCUCACACAGGUGACACUUACCUUGGCCUGCAUUCCCUCAACGGUGAGGGUCUGAACUUCGCCCCCUCUCUACAGCCUCAGGUGGAUACCCUGCACCGUGCUACACACCUGACGGACGGUUAUGAGGAGUUGUCGAGUAGUGGCCUCUUCAUCCCUCAUCGUCUGGAUGCUAACAGCUGGCAGGACACCACCAACCCCCCCUCAGUCACCUCCCCUCCUGGUCCUGGCAGUGUCCACUCUGACACCUCCAACUGAUUUGGUGGCUCGUUUUUUUUCACCUUUGCUUCAUUCCCACUGCGGUCUUCUCUUUUAACCAUCUUUUGUCCUUAUUUUGCAUUUCUUCCUCAUCAACAAGCCUCACAACGUUGUAAACAAAUGUCACGCGCACGUGCUGUGCUGGAACAAAGGACAGCUGUACAGUAGUUAAGAGGAUUUCUCCCUUCAGCUCUAUUCCAGCGCUCCAAUCUUCAUAAGUCACAAAGGGGAACGGAGCACACGGAUACUAAGAAAAAAUCCUUUCUGUCGAGGAGUUUUGGAAAACCACUGAUCCAGCUGUGUAGAUGAUCAUGAUGUCUGUACAUUAUGUGUAUAUGCACGUUAACUUUACACAGUACUCUCAGCUUGUUCAUGUGCCGUUGACCUCUACAUUCAACUCUUUGCUUUGGGAAACUGUGUGUAAUUGCCCGUAUCUACUGAAGCCUUGGCAUCUGACAGUCAAACUAUGGAUACGGACCACGAGGGAGCUCUGCUCACCUUGCUUGUACCAAAGUGCUGCCCCAGUGUUCCUCUGAGAUUACCCUCUGCCAGCUCAACACAAGACACAAUCGCAUCUUCGUGUCCUUAAAACUUGAUGUGUCAUCCUGUUAGGAUUUCAAAAAGAAUAACUGCGAUAUGCACAAAGGUGCAUGCAUCGAUUCACCAAACACAUAUCACAACUUUUCAGAUGUUUUCAUAUUGAGCUGACAUAAAAGGUGUGUCAAGCACAAAUGUUGGCAUCCUUGUUAUGAGCUUAUACCUUUUUUUGAACGAUACUUGGGUGGAUCACUUUCUAACCACAGCAGGACAAGUGAUAAUUGGGUUGAUGAGAAGAGGAGAAUGAAGGCAGAGAGAGAAUAUCUUUGGUUGAGUGGCUGUAACUACCAGUAAUAGCCCUUUUUGUUGCUAACCAAUAGAGGGUGUUGGUAGAUGGCUUGUAGAAUUUACUUCUUACUUUCUUGUUUACUAGUUUAUUUGAUUGUAGGCUAUUUUUUAAUGCUGUUUCACCAAGAAUGCACCAGCCACCACCAAAAAUUACUUCACUAAAGCAUCUUAAUGACAAGAAAAGGGUGAAAAGAUUGUGGGGCAUCGAUGUGUUAUUGGGACAAACGUGACAUGAAUUUAGAAAUGUGACUGUCUUCCAUGCAUGUAGGACUUCUAGGUGUGAAAUCGUUUUCAUUUAUUCUUCCGAGUUUUUAGCUUAAGUUUUCUUAACAAAAAAGGUAAAAUUAUUACAGUCAGACCAAAAAUGAUAAAAUGCAUCAUGUAUUACUAUGAUGUGUGUCUGUGUGGGCAUGUGUACAGGGUUCAAGGGAGGUCUUAUUCACACUGGCUGGUGCCCAUUUGAACUUUGUAAGCAUUAUUUAGACUUGGCGCUUCCACCAGCUAAUAGCACAUAAGAUGGGGUUCAGCUGAUUUAUUUCCCAUCUUGUAAUGUUUAAGCUCGAGAGCCCAAGGCAACACAUCACAACCUAUUGUUGUACCAAAACCAAAAAUACCAAGUUCAGAAAUGUAAUAAUGCUAUUCUGUCUCUUUAAAGUUGGCGCACAGCCAUCCUCUUACGUUUGAGGAGGGGAGGGAUUAUAUUUGUAUCUGUGUCUUUUUGUGGUGUUGUCAUGCCUCGAGUUGUUUUAUUUUAUUUGUUUAUGCUUUGUUAUGGGGCUUACCUAAGUUUCUGGGUGGAGUGAACACAUCACACCUGUAAGUUCAUUGUCAGCAUAACAGAAAUGUACUCCCCUUUUAUCUAACCUUUAAUAACCUCUGGUUAAAAAAUGGUUUUUGUUCUGUAGCCAAUAGGGCAAGGGCUGCUCUGUUACCAAAAAAGGCAGCACUGGGUGUAGUAAACGCUUGCUUGUGAGACAAACCUGCAACAUUUUGGGGAUUUUCAUCUUUUAAAAGCUAUUUUAUACAUUAAAUGUUAUUCAAAUAACAAAGCAUUUUGAUAGUAAGGUAAAGCCUUAUUAGGAUUUUGUUCAAACGUGUUACAGAACAGGACCUGAGCUUGAAAGCUAGUCACGUUAAACUUCUUUAGUUACUCGCAGCAGUUUGUACAGCUGCAUCAUGGGUAAUGUUGUCGCCACACCAAAAUCAUGCGUGCCCCUUUUUCUACCUGUUGUAAUGGAUGUCACUGUACAGUUUGUGUAAUGUUUCAGUAUUUUUUUUUUCUUUUUAUAAAAAAGUUGAGAUAUAUCUCACAAUAUUCAAUAACUCUGUAUCACCUUUGGAUAUUAUUUAGGUCUUUUGUUAUGUAACCAAGUUGCAAUGUAGGGUUAACAAACGUAACGUGGUGCUGUGGAACUAUUAUAAAUCUCUUGAUUUGACCCCCCCACCCCCACCCCUCUCAUUUAGUUUGAUUGCUCUUUCAUUUACGCUCAUUCAACAAAUAGGACACUUAAUUUCAAAACACUAAUCAUUAAAGCCAAACACCAGAUGUCAAUAUAUCCUAUUUGUGAACUUGUGCUUUUUGCAGCAGAGCUGUAACUCUUAACAUUUAAAAACUUAUUUGUAUGCUGUCAAACAUUUUGAUUUUGAGUUAUGAGUUCCACAGCACCAAAUGGCUUUAUGAACUUUUUUGAUUUCUUUGUUUUUAUUAGUAUAUUUGUAUCUCCCUUUCCCCCUGUAUUUACCCCUCUCUCUACCUCUGUCUUUCCAUUUCUCCUGUAUAUAACCCCACCGUUUUCAGACUUGUGAGUCUGUAUAAACUCCUUUUAUACCUCAACUUUAGAAUCGAUCUAGAAAGAGUAAAACAAAAACGAAGAAUAUGACAAAUUGUAGUGUUCUUAAUAGAAAAUUAAUACAAAUAAUUUAGUGUGAUUUUUUUUUUUUUUUUUCCUUCAGUAUUUCAUUUUAGGAGUGUUUCAUUUUAUAAUUUGUCACAAAUGCUCUUGUGAUAGUCAAAUGUAAUAAAA